AUGCCCAAGGAGGAGACGUUACCGACACGCAAAAAGAUGCGUAAGGGUCGUCGCCGCAAGAUCCGAUGCAUCUUCCAGCCCGACAAUCCGGAUGUCUGCUCAGAAUGCUUCGCGCGCGGCAGCAGGUGCAUCGACCAAGAACAUGCCAACCCGGAAGUCAUUGUCGAUCAUAGGAAGAACCUCCGUGAGCGAGUAUCACGACUAGAGGCCUUGGUCGACACGUUGCUAGAAGACAAGACUGUCAAGUCAGAAAGCCGGAGUCAGAGCCAGAGCUUAGCCGACACCUCAUCACCAAAAGCACCUACUACUUACCACAAGGACACCUUCCCACCGACUCCUCUUUCCUCAGGAGCCUCGUCCAACAUUUUCCAAUUGCCGAACAACCAGCGUGCUGCUUCAGACCGAGGUCAUCAUAUACCUAUCCUCUCUGUGUUCGAAGAUGCACUCAACGAUGCCGAAGCGCAAGCGAAGGCCCGCAAUUGUCCUUUGGAGCAAUCAACACCAAAGCCCGGAGGAGCGGCUGACGAUCGAUAUACAAUAGAAAACAGACACGACGAUGACAUAGCUGCUGGAGCCACCAUCGCGCACUCCGCAAAACGAGAGAAAUGCAAGCAAGCAUUGAUUGCGAUGCUACCGCCUUACGAUCAACUCACCAAACUUCUCAACUCGAACAGUGACUGGUGGCAGACAUGGCGGAGAAAAUGCAGUGGCACCUCCGGUCCUGAGCAAACACUGCCUCAAUUCGCUGCGCAAGCCCUGACGACUGGAAACAUUGGCGCGAUUGCUACUGUUGUCUUGUCAGUCGGAAUCUGCUCAUCGGAGGAUGACGACGAUGUUGAGCGCUACAUCGAGGCUGUGGACCGAUGGUUCCUGUCCGAUGAUGAGUAUGCAGCAAGCUUGGAGGGCCUGGAGUGUCUGAUCCUGAAGUCCAAGUGGUACGCGGAUGUAGGUCAACCACGACGAGCUUGGAUCGCAUAUCGAAAGGGCUUGAUGUAUGCCCAGCUCAUGGGACUGCACCGUAAGCGCACAGCCUCAGCACCACACGAAAGCAUCUGGUGGGCUUUGUACCACGGCGACCGGUUCCUAUCUCUCUUGUUGGGUCUUCCAUACGGUGUCACUGACGCGCAUUGUGACCUGACGAUGCCUGAUGUUGGCGACGGCACAUACGUCCAUCCCUUGGUCGGUAUCACGAAGCUCUCACAGCUUGCAGGGAGGGUCAUCGAUCGAAACCAGGGAGUCGCAGAACAGUCUUUCGCCUGGGCACUGCAGCUCGACCAAGAACUGGAAGACCUGUGGAAGAAGUUCGAUCCGGCAUGGCUAAACUACACAGAGUUACUUGCCGACGCGGAGACCAAUGCGGCAGAACUGCGAGAGCGAAUCAUGGGUCAGAUUAUCUUCCAUCAGAUCCGUGUGUACCUGCAUUUGCCAUUCAUGCUCAAAGCAGCCUCGAACUCACGCUUCUCGUACUCGAAAACCGCAUGCCUGAACGGCUCACGAGAAGUACUACGACUGUACCAGUCUCUGCGGAUGGGACACAUCCAGCCGCUCUACGAGUGCAAGGCUAUCGACUUCAUCGGUUUCACAGCUGCAGUCCUCAUCCAAAUCGGCCUACUCAACUUUGGCAUGGUCUCGCAAUCCUCAGGCAGCGGACCUACUCCGAAAGAGAUUGAAGAAGACGUGCGCCUCAUCGAAGUCAGCAUCGACAUAUUCCGCCGCGCAUCGAGCGAAAAAGGAGGCAAGGUCGCCGCUCAGUCCGCCGAGGUGCUCGAAAAGAUGAUGGGCAAGUUCAAGGGCACAAGCAACGAGCUGGACGAAACCUGCACCGGAGAUGCCAACUUCGUUAUCCCGUACUUUGGUACCAUCUCCAUCAAGAGAGGGGGCCAACUCGUCAAGAAAGGCCCAGCCCCUCCGGGUCGUUCACCCAGCAUGGGGAGCUCAAGGUCCCCAGGGACCUCAGCACAACUAUACACACCCACGUCGGAGAAGCCGUCGCGGACUUCUUCGGACGUCUUUUCGCAGCCCACACAAUCGCUCAAUGUCACGCCCAAGACGUCCGUCUCCGCAGGUACCGCUACCUCGGCCUUCAACUUCACCGACCCCUCGCCCUUUGUGUCGUACGACGGCUUCUACAACUGGAACAACCUCAACGCAGAUGACGCAUCGGCGACCGGCGCUGCUGCAGGAGGCACGUUCAACUCGCAGAUCAACGACGACAGUAUGAACAACUUCCCACUGCCGACGAACAACUUCUCGUGGCAACAUAUGCCCAUGGAUAUCGAUCAAGAUUGGUCUUGGUUCUUGAACGAUGCGCAGACGACUCAGGGUAUGGGUAACGGUGUGCCACCAGCGCCCACUGUACCACUUGAUUUCAACGCACAGGGCUUCCCUGGCUUUGGCUGA